UGAACCGGUUCACUGUCGUGGAUGUGAAUCGAAGUGCCUUGCUUGUUCAGACGAUACGCGCUCGCGGAGAUUUGCGUCUCAAAGCCAAACAAAAUGUGUGCAGUGAUUUUAUUAUUCGCAGUAUUCUGUCUACAAAAUAUACAAGGAGCAAAACUAGGAGAUAAAGUAAAUAUAACAAAUGUGGGAGAUAUAAAGGGGAUGGAGGUGCCGGAUGAUUUCUUGUUAAUCAUAGAACAGUUGAGAAGUAAUUCGUCUUUGAUUACGAAUGCAUUGGCGACGGCGAGACAGAGCCAGGAAACUCAAAAUGGGACAACUACAACCAACAGGCGCUGUGUUUGUGACAAAGGUGUUUGUAAAUGCUGCACUGGAUACUUCAUGGACUUGCUGAAGCAGAAGGCUUGUAUGCGAGUCACUUAUCACCCGGGAGACUUUGCGUUCGACGUAGCCAUGUCGCUCAACAACAGGGUGCUCUAUGAAAACUCCUUGUCAGGAAAAAACCCACGACCAAUAUGCAUCAGUCCCCCAAGGAUAAACAAUUUAAAAGUUUGCGCGAAGUUCUACAACGUUUUCUUCCCGGGUCGGAACUUUCACUUCUGUUUGGCAAUGACAGGACACUGGCGGACAUUCGAACUCUUCAAUUUCGCUUUUGACUGCCUCCGGAUGGGAGCCAAUGGAAUAGCGAUGGUGAAGCCGUAUGAUGACAUCGGUAUACCAAUAGCCAACCCUCAAGGAGGAGUAGAUGCUGUGAUCGACGCCGGGGAGGAUGACAUCGAAGAUUAUGAUGAAAACGUCGUCAGAUCCUUACUAGACCUCUUCGAUCGAAGAUAGGAAUAGGAGGAAUAACGUAAAUGCCUAUGAAGGAAACUAUGAUUUAAGAAGUAGCCUAUUUAUUAUUUACCAUUUGAACUGUUUUUUAAGAUUAAGUUUUUAAUUUAUUAAACUAUUUAUUUUUUG